UGAAUCAUCAGAAUUUUUAUUUUGCUUUUGCUUCUGAUUCUGAUCAGUCAAGUUGAACAUUCGUUUUACCCUUAGAUUUUACUCAACUUUUGAGCCAAAUCACUCGCCGGAAUUACUACACUUAUUGAAAGGUGGUAGAUUGCUUUUUCGCCGUGUAGAACUAUGGCAACUCAACCGGGCAGCAGCAUCCAGCUGGCACCUCUUCGCUCGGUGAGCGAUUUUUUGCUAGAAUCAGCGCGUUUCCAGCUUCCCAACUUACAGGAUUUCGAAAAAUGGGGCAACAGAGUUGUGAAGAAUCUGCUCUACUAUCAAACAAACUAUUUUCUCAUGAGUGUUGCCGUUUUUAUCCUGGUUGGACUACUCCACCCGUACAAGGUUGUCCUUGGAGUGACCAUAAUCAUGGCUCUUCUGUACGUGUUUGUCAAGUUCUUUGCCGCUGAAUCACGUCGUUCAUUGAGUGCUGCUGCCGGUCACCAGCCUAACAAGUGGGCCGUACUAGGAGGUGUUCUGGGCUGCAGUUAUCUGGUGUUGUUUUUGUUUGACUCUGUCCUGAUAGUGAUGUUCGCUAUUUUGCUACCAUUCUCACUAACAUUUGUUCACGCUUCUCUGCGGCUUCGUAAUAUCAAAAAUAAAAUCACGAAUACCAUUGAAAUCGUUGGAGUGAAGCAAAGUCCAAUGGGACAGUUUUUGGAUGCCAUGGGCUUAAUGCCGGAUGCAUUUUAAGUUGCAAUGCGUUUCUGUGGAUAAUCGUUGACGGGCAGCUUAUCUCUGAGCUCUAACCAUACUCAGUAGAAAUCAUCGAAUAAAAAGAUCUACUUUGCGCUGUCUGUACAAAACAUUCUGGCUUUGAAUCAGAUGUUCUGAUAGCGAGUACUAACAAAAUUACCGUUUGCAAAGUUUAUAUUUCUUAGUACUAGUCAUUACGCAAAGAACUUGUUCAAUUUUUAAUAUCAAUCCCUUAGAUAUUUGUAGAAUCUUAAGUGUACAUGCCACACUUGAUAACUUAAAUAAACAUUAUGGUAACGUUAUA